UAAGCCGGCAAGCGCUUUAUCGCAAAUUACCUUUCCAUUCAUUCGCGUUCCAAAGUUGAUCACAAACAGACUUACUUCCUUACGCCUCACGACUCGCCUUGCAACAAAGAAAGAGUAAUCACCAAGUGAACACAUUUCCACUAUUGAAUUUGACGAUCCCUAUCGACAAUUACAGCUAGAACAAUGUCGUCCAAAGUCGCACCGAAGGUCAAGCUGAACAACGGCCUGGAAAUGCCAGUUCUGGGCCUGGGGACUUGGUUGUCCAAGGAAGGCGAAGGAGUUGAAGCAAUCAAGGCGGCAAUCGACGCCGGCUAUCGGCACAUUGAUACCGCCUAUUUUUACCAAAACGAGAAAGAGGUAGGUGAAGCGAUCCGCGCCAAGAUCGAGGAAGGGGUCGUUCAGCGGGAGGAUCUAUUCGUUACGACCAAGCUAUGGAAUACGUAUCACCACCCGGACCAUGUGGAGCAAGCGUUCCAAAAAUCGUUGGAAAAUUUGAAUGUUGAGUACAUUGAUCUGUAUCUGAUGCACCUGCCCAUCGGAUAUAAAUUUGUUGAUUGGGAUACGAAGAACCUAAUGCCGUACGAUGCCGAUGGGAAGUUGCAAUUUUCCGAUGUUGAUUAUAUCGACACCUGGAAAGCAAUGGAGAAGCUGUUGAAAAGCGGAAAGGUCAAGAGCAUCGGUGUUUCAAACUUCAAUAGCGAGCAGAUCACUCGGUUGCUAGCGGAGUGUGAGAUCAAACCGGUGACCAAUCAGGUCGAGUGCAAUCCUAGUCUCAACCAAAGGAAGUUGACCGAUUUCUGCAAAAAUUUGGACAUCACCCUAACCGCCUAUAGUCCGUUGGGCCGUCCAAACUACUACGAGAAGGAUCCGGAUAGCAUGCCGAAGCCGGCUUUGGAUGAUCCGAAGGUAAUCAAAAUCGGAAAGAAGUACAACAAGACGUCGGGACAGGUUAUUCUCAGAUAUCUGAUCGACAUUGGAACCAUUCCGAUUCCCAAAUCAUCCAACCCGGAACGCAUCCAGAAUAACAUUGAUAUCUUCGACUUCAAACUGACGGAGGAAGAAAUCAAAAUCAUGGACGGAUUCAAUACUGGUCAGCGAACGGUUCCGUUCAAUCUUUGCACCAGCCACAAAUAUUUCCCAUUCAAUGCGGAAUUUUAAUAUGUUUGAUUUUGAUUACUGAACCGAUA